AUGAUAGAGACAAGUUUUAUAAAAUGGAUAAAUUCAUUUAAAGAUUUAUCUAACUCUAUUGAAGAUUUAAAAGAGUUAUCAAAUGGUACUAUAUUUAAUGAAAUUUGUUGCCAAAUUGCACCAAAAUAUUUUGAUAUAGAUUCAUUAAGAAAAGAUGGAUUAGAUAAUUGGAUAUUUAGAGAAGAGAAUAUUAAAAAUAUAGUAGAAAGAGUUGAUGAAUUUUAUAUAGAAGAGAUGGGAUUAAACGAUCAAAUAUCAUCCAUUAAUUGUGAAGAGAUUGCAAACGAAAAUAUCGAUGAAAUUAUAUUAUUGAUUGAAGCAAUACUUGGAAUGGCAAUGGAAUCUGAAAAUAAUGAAGCUGUAAUUGAAAAUAUUUUAUCUUUAGAUCAAGAUACUCAAAAUGAUUUAAUGGUUGUUGUUGCAAAGAUUCAACAAUCACAUCAACCAAAUACAGUAGAUAAUAGUAAAUCAUUUGAUAAAGAUGGAUCAAUUUUAUCACAAUCACCAAGUCAAAGUAAUAAUAGUAUUAGUAAUAAUAAUAAUAAUAAUAAUAUAGAUAGUAGUAAUAUAAGUAAAAGUAAUAUUAGUAGUAAUAAUAAUAAUAAUAAUAGUAGUAAUAAUAAUAAAGAAGAAAUUUUAAAUUUACAAAAUGAAAUUGAAAAAUUAAAAAGAGAGAAACAAGAGAUUCAAAACGAUUUAGAUGAAUCAAAUAUACAAUUAUCAAAUGUAACUAUGGAUCGUGAUAGAAUUACAAUUGAUAAACAAAAGACAGAGGAAGUAUGUUCAAGUUUACAUGAAUCAAUCAUUGGAUUACAAAAACAAUUGGAUGAAACUAUGGCACAAACCACAACAAUGAAUGCAUUGAAUGAUGAAACCUAUAAAACUGAAAUCAAUGAUCUUCAUAUGCAAGUGGAAUCAAAGGAGAAACAAUUAUCCGAAUUGAAAAAGAAAGUCGAUGAAGCCAAUCGUUUAGCGAAUGAAAAUCGUUCAUUACGUGAUGAAAUUGAUAUUUUAAGAGAGAAAGCUGCAAAUGCUGAAGCAACUGAAGAGAAAUUAAAAAAACAUCAAAAGAAAAUCGAAGAAAUUGGCGAUCUAAAAAAGAAAAUCAAGGAACUUGAAGAUCAAAAUGAUAGUUACAUUCAACAAACUUUGGAUCUUGAAGAACAACUCUCAAAGAAUAACACCUAUAGAACUCAAGCUGACUCUGGUAAACAACAAAUCUCCUCACUAAAGAUUGAAUUGGCAAAAUUGGAAUUAUCUUUGAAAUCCAUUAAAGAGGAUCGUGAUAAAUUAUCUGAAUCUUUAAAUACCGUAGAGUUGGAACGUGAUAGUUUACAAUCUCAAGUUACUAACCUCAGAAAUACAAUCGAUAAUCAACAACAAGAAUAUGAAACCAAAUUCGUUGAUCUUCAAUCUUCAAUUAGUCUCAAUAGUGGUGGUAGUGGUGGUUUAGGUGAUGAAGUCAUUGAUGGUUCAACCAAAGAAAGAAUAGCUCGUUUAGAAAGAGAUAACAAACGUUUAAAAGAAGUCGCUGAAAAAGCUUCUGAAUUAGAAAAUCAAUUAGAAGAUGCCAAUCAAUCAAAAGAAUUAUUAACAAUUCAAAUUAAACAAUUAGAAGAACAAAAACAACAAUCAAAUAAUACUAAUAAUAAUAAUAAUAAUAAUAAUAUGGUCGAUUCAUCUGAAAUUGAAUCACUAAAACAACAAUUAAAAGAAAAAGAAAAAGAAAUUUCAACAUUAAAGAGAAAACUCGAGGAAUCUAAUCUUAGUUUGGAUGAAAAUAGGAAACAAUUGGUCGAAUUAUCACAAAGACCAACCACUCAAUCACCAGGUGAUAUUGAAAAACUUGAAAAUUACGAAAAUCUUCUCAAGGAAAAUGAUGGUUUAGAGGGUCGUUUAAGAGCUGCUCGUAACAUCAUUAAAGAUCUUAGAGAAAAACAUAAAUCUUACUCAAAUCAAGAGACUCAAUUGGCCACCAAAGAUGAAGUCAUCACCAAAUUGGAAGGUUUGGUCAAAAAGAAGACUGAUAUCAACGAAGAUUUAAGAAAACAACUCGAAGAAGGUAGAGAAGAAUCUCAAAGAGAAAUUAAUUUAAUGCUUUCAGCUUUCUUAAAGAUUGGUUUAGAAAUGGAACAAGUUAAAAUUCAAAAUAUUUCAAGUUCAAAAGAACCAAGAUCAUUUUUAAAUAAAAAAAGAGCUGAUUAA